UCCUUUGCAUGUACGGGUUUUCUACUGGUUUCCCCACACCAGCACUUUAGCGGAGACCUGACAGUCGAUCGAUCGAGACUCGAGAGAGUUAUUCCGGCGCAGAAAGAGAGAAUGAACAAAGCAGGGGGAGUGGGAAUUGGAGUUGGUCUUGGAGGUGGUGGUGGUGGCAGUGGACCAACAGCGGCAGCAGCAGCAGCUGCAGCUCAGAAGCAGAAGACUCUAUUGCAGAGAGUUGACACAGACAUAACCAACAUGGUUGACAAUUUCAGUCAUUUGAUUGGCGUUGCUAGGGUAAGUGACCCACCAGUCAGGAAUUCACAAGAAGCAUUCAUGAUGGAGAUGCGUGCAGCCAGAAUGGUUCAGGCGGCAGAUUCACUCCUAAAGUUGGUGUCAGAGCUGAAGCAGACGGCUAUCUUUUCAGGUUUUGCAUCUCUAAUUGAGCACGUUGAGCAACGGACUAUACAGUUUAACCAACAGGCUGAAAAAACAGAGUAUUUACUGGCUAGAAUUGGAGAGGAAGCAGCUGCUAGCUUAAAAGAGCUUGAAACCAAUUAUUAUUCAUCGAUCCGUUCAGUGUACGGAGAUCAAUCUGAACCAUCAUGAGGUUCAAAAUGGCUCCAACAAUGGAGAAACUCAUGCAGGAGUGUGUUUGAUAUAUCCAAAUCGAACGGUUGACAAGUUGAUUUCUUUAAACCUACGAUCCUUAUAAAUCAUUUCUCUAUAUUGAAUA